GCAACGAUCGACGGCCUCAGGCAGCCAGGCUUCGUAUAGACGAGCCGCGCACGACCUCUGCGACGAUGCUAGAUGUGAAACUCAGCUUUCGUCUCCCUCAUCAUAGUGUAGGCAGACGAUCGCAGUUCAAGACGCACGGCAUUACGAAGCUGUAUGUAUAAUGCUUCAACCCAGUAGUCCUCCAGUGAAUAGAAUACCCAGCCCAUCACCAUAGCGUUACCGCAGACUGUCUUGUUACAUCCCAAGGUCUCUUGCUAUUUCAGGCGUUUCAGGUGCGCAGAUGAUACAAAAAUAAGACUGGCCUACCCUUUCUACGAUGGAGAUCAACCCUGCGGAGCCAAGUGCUUCGAGGAAUAUCAUUGUGUCAGGUGGCGCACAAGGAAUUGGACGAGCUUUGGGACGCUACUUCCUCGAGGCCGGCCACCGCAUCUUCAUCUUCGACAUCCAAGAGGAGGAACUCGAGUACACCGCAACUAAGCACCUCGAAAAAUACCACAAAGACGGAAAGGUCGGGUACGCAGUCUGCAAUCUCCGCAAUGUUGACGCAAUACGAUCCAAAGUCGACGAGGCCGCCAAGUUCUUUGGAGGACAGAUUGAUGUACUAGUCAACAACGGAGGCAUCGCCUCCCCACACUGGAAGGACAACAAGACCAUGGAAGACAAGGAGACCUAUGACCAAUGGCUAGCGUACAUGGAAACCAAUCUGACGGCCCCCUUCGCCAUGUCACAGGCCUGCAUCCCUUUCAUGAAGCACCGAGAAUCAGAAUCGCACAACUCCCUGGGCGCACACAAGCACGUUGCAGGUCCAUGCAUCAUCCACAUCGGCUCGUUCCGCGCACAUCAAAGUGAUCUAAACCAGGAGGGCUAUGCCGCGAGCAAAGCUGGGCAGCUGGGUCUUAUGCAGGCUAUGUCGGUCAGUCUCGGUCCCUUGGGAAUACGAACAAAUCUUGUGGCGCCAGGAAGGAUCAAGGUCGGGCAUGAAAGCAAGGAAGGCGACGAGCAUGGCCAUACCUGGGAGGGCCAAAACACUGAGAAGGACAUUGACGAUCAUACCACAAAUAGAGCGGGGCGGCCGAAGGAUAUUGCAGACGCGUGCUUGUAUUUGAUCAAUGCAGGCUUCGUCAACGGAGUGGACAUCACCGUGGAUGGAGGAGCCUUGAGGAAAAAGGCAGCUUGA